UACUUAUUUUUCUACGUAGAGAAACGGCUUGCGAGACUAAAACAUGGUUUGGUUUGUAUCUUGUUUUCUUGGCUGCAUGCUACAUGCAGCAUUGUGCUGAUUCAUCUCAAGUGCCUUGCCUAUUCAUAUUUGGAGACUCCUUCUCUGACAGUGGAAACAACAACUAUAUUAAAACCACUGCAAAGGCCAAUUACUUGCCAUUCGGUAUCGACUUUCCAGCAGGACCAACCGGAAGAGCUACCAAUGGAAGAACCAAAGUUGACAUAAUUGGAGAACUACUUGGAUUUAAGAAAUUCAUCCCUCCUUUUGCAAAUACUACUGGCUAUGAUAUACUCAAAGGUGUUAACUAUGCAUCUAGUUCAGCUGAAAUUCGUUACGAAACAGGAAAAAAAAACAGCGAUUAAUAAUAUCGCAUUGGGAUUACAGUUACAAAAUCACAUAAUUACAGUGUCCAGAAUUGUUGCCAAGCUUGGCGGUUUGCGACAAGCCCAAAAUCAUUUGUCAAAGUGCUUGUAUUAUGUAUAUAUAGGCACCAACGAUUACGCACUAAAUUAUUUUCAACCCGAUCUCUAUCCAACAAGUAGCAUCUAUAACC